AUGGGACACCAUGAAGGUAGGCUGUCAUGCACUCAUGAUACGAGUAUCGGUUCAUUUGCUAACAUAUCCAAGGUUACCAAGGAGCUCACCAAAGUCAACCAAGCCCUCAAGAGCUUCGCCCACGUCAACAAGAAAGCAUUCGAACAGUACGAAAACUUCACCCGCCAACGCCGCACCCUGACCGAGCGCCGCGCCGAACUCGACACAUCGCGCAAGUCAAUCGAGAAUCUCAUCGACGUACUAGACCAGCGCAAAGACGAAGCCAUCGCGCGUACCUUCAAGCAAGUCGCCGCCGCCUUUGGCGAAGUCUUCCAGCAACUCGUCCCCAUCGGCCGCGGCCGCCUCAUCAUCAACCGCAAAUCCGACCGCGACGCCCGAGGCAACGUGUCGGACGACGAAGACGACGAAGACGAUGACAACGGCGCGCAGUCGCGCAGCAAGAAGAGCAAAGUCGAAGAAUACACGGGCGUCAGCAUCGCCGUAUCCUUCAACAGCAAGCACGACGAGCAACAAAAAAUCGGCCAGUUAUCCGGUGGCCAAAAGUCGCUCUGCGCCCUCGCUCUCAUCUUCGCCAUCCAAAAAUGCGACCCCGCUCCUUUUUACCUCUUUGACGAAAUCGACGCCAAUCUCGAUGCCCAGUACCGUACUGCUGUUGCGCAGAUGCUGCAGCGGCUCAGUGGCCAUGGCGGCAAGAAGGGUGAUGGAGGCGGUCAGUUCAUUUGUACCACGUUUAGACCUGAGAUGGUGCAUGUGGCGGAUCGGUGCUAUGGUGUUAGUUAUUCGAAUAAGACGAGUAGUAUUGAUGUUGUGGAGAGGGAGGCUGCGCUGGAGUUCGUGGAGGGCAUGCAGAAGACGUAG